AGCUGAGCGCCCUCCUCCGGGCAUCACUUCCGCCGCUGGGGCCAGUUUCCGGCCGGCUCGCCCGGCGUCGUUCGCGCGGCAGGAGUGAGUCAAGAUGGAGGAGUAUGCCCGAGAGCCGUGCCCCUGGCGAAUUGUGGAUGACUGUGGUGGGGCCUUUACCAUGGGUACCAUAGGUGGUGGUAUCUUUCAAGCAAUCAAAGGCUUUCGAAAUUCUCCAGUGGGAGUUAACCACAGGCUGCGAGGGAGUUUGACAGCUAUUAAAACCAGAGCUCCACAGUUGGGAGGUAGCUUUGCAGUCUGGGGAGGUCUGUUUUCCACGAUUGACUGUAGUAUGGUUCACGUCAGAGGGAAAGAAGACCCCUGGAACUCCAUCACUAGUGGUGCCUUAACAGGAGCCAUCCUGGCAGCAAGAAAUGGACCUGUGGCCAUGGUUGGGUCAGCUGCAAUGGGUGGCAUUCUUCUAGCUUUAAUUGAAGGUGCUGGUAUCUUGUUGACAAGAUUUGCCUCUGCACAGUUUCCCAAUGGCCCUCAGUUUGCUGAAGACCCCUCCCAGUUGCCUUCAAGCCAGUUACCAUCCUCACCUUUUGGAGACUAUCGACAAUAUCAAUAGGACUUCUUUCCCGGGAUUUCUUUAACCAGAUGAGCUGUAAUUCAAGGAUUUCCGAAGGUCAAGACAUAGUUUGUUUAAAACCAUGGGUGCAACAACUGUGGCCAAAUAGGCCAUGAAGAGACAGCACUUUUUCUAUUUAAAGGGACACGGAAGGGAGAAAAGAUAACUGCGUUCAUUUAUUCACAUUUGGAUUGCAUUUGUGAUCAAAAUAAAUGUCUAGAAUCAUUUAAAGAACAUAUAAGUGCUUAGAAGAUGAAGGACCAAAGGGCAACUAACCGUGAAACAGAAGUAUCAUUUCCUUAGGAACUUCUCUGCCUGGUUUCUGUGUGCAGUUAGUCAAACAAUAAACACUCUUGAACUUAUUCUUUCUUCUAAAGUUGUAGAGUUCCGCUUUUCAGACUGAGCAUGCUCCAGGAAACUCAGAGAACUAGUUCCUCGUCUCACUUGCUGUGAAUUAUGUAUGAGAAGAAUUACGCAGUCAGCAUGAAUCAUCUCACACUCAAGGCUUUAUGGAUUGAAGGACAUGGCAAAAUAUUCAUCUUUUGCUUUGAACAUAAUAUACACUGUGUCUUGAUUUUGCAGGUGCCGAAUACAAAACUCUUUUAAGGCUACUGUAUCUUGAUUCUGAGCCAUCUGAAACCUUACCAGAAACAACUUGGUUCCAAUAUACCCAGUUCAAUGA